AUGGCACAUAGUAAAAGAAACACCAGCCGGCCCAUCUUCACCUCGCACGAGCGAGCCAUGGCCCGCGCGGCAUGGGGUUCAUCGACCGCUCGCCUCUCGCGAGAUUCUUUUCUGCCUUUCGCCUCAUGCUGGCUGUGUCUCGAACCUGCCAUAGACCCUGUGGCCUGCGCUCACGGCGACAUUUUCUGUCGCGAGUGUGCCCUCAACAACAUUCUGGCCCAGAAGAAGGAGAUCAAGCGCGCCGAAAAGGUCCGCGAGCAGGAGGAGCGCGAAGCCCGGGAGGAACAAGCCCGCCGCGAUGCCGAGGCCAAAGAACGAGCCAUUCGCGAGUUUGAGCUGACGCAGGCUGGCCUGAGUAUCAAGAGGGGCAGCACGGGUGGUGAAGCGAGGGAGAAGACCGAGAUACCCGGGCCAGCGGCAGCGGGUGGGAACGAGAAAACCCGGCAAGAUAAUACGCCCAGGACUGGGGAGAAGCGCAAGUUCUCGCUUGAUCCAGAUGAGGUCGCUCGUAUCGCUGAGGAAGAGAGGGCAAAGGCGAGGAAAGCGAUGGAUGACGAGAAGGCAUCAAAACCCACACUACCAUCGUUCUGGACACCGUCUGUAACGCCAUCUUCGAAGAGCACCACUACACUGCACGAGGUGAAAAAGAAGGUCAAGACACAGCCGACGUGUCCGGCGUCGCCAGAAGACAACCCGCAUUCCUACUCGCUACACACCCUCAUCUCGAUCAAUUUUACGGAAGAGCCAGAUUCCAAUACGAUAAAGCCGCAGAGGAUAUGCCCCGCCUGCCAGAAGGGCCUGUCCAACUCCUCUAGGGCGACGCUGGCAAAGGCGUGUGGGCACGUAUUAUGCAAAAGCUGCGUCGACCAGUUCAUGAAGCCCUCAGGCUCCGACUCGCUCCACUGUUAUGUGUGCGACUCCGACCUUGCAGACAAAACCCACCCCCCUAAGAAGGAGGGCAAAGGAGUAAAGGAGCGGAUUCGGCCGGGCCUAGUUGAACUGCGUCGCGAAGGCACCGGUUUCUCGGCUGGUGGCAGCAACCAAGUCAAGAAGGACACAGUCACGUUUCAAUGCUGA